UUGACAUUGCCGCGGUCCUGUAACAAAAUGAAGAGUACUAUGGCCGAUGAUUCAGAAGAAUUCAAUUUAUUUAGUGUUGGUACUAUAGUUAGUUGCAAAACAUGCUUCGGUGACGAAUUCGAAGGAGAAGUGAUUGCUUUCGACUACCAAACAAAAAUAUUAUUUAUAAAAUGUAUGAGCAAAUCUGGAAAAGCGAAUCUUCAUGAUAUGCGUAUGAUCAACUUGGAUUUUGUUGAAGAUGUUGUCAUCAAAAAAGAAGUUACUACUCCUGUUAAUGGCACACAGUCUCUUUUACCACUAAAUAUAGAGAAAUUGUCUGGACGAGCCAAGCAACAUGUAAAAGAAAGACAACGUUUAGUGAAUGCUUUGACAUCAGGUGUCAGUAAUGAAGGUGUAAAACUGUAUUUGGCAAUCACUAAAACAAUAUCAGAAGUAACCUGGCAAGGCAAAAACAUUGUUGUUAUGAAUCAAGUUACCAUUACACCACCUUAUCGCCCAGAAAACUGUAAACCAAUUGGUAAAGGAGAUGGUGAUGCUGUAAAUCAUGUUAGAAGAAUUGUGGAGAAAUAUUUUAAAGAUCAAGCCCAAGCACAGCCCUCUCAAUCACCGCAGACUCAAUCUAGACCUCAUUUACAAUAGUAAUUAAAUUAGUGGAAAUGAUAAUUCAAGCUCUGUACGGUUAUGCUUAGAAUAGACCUGUUAAUUUUCAAAAGUAAAUUUUUUCCUCCAAGUAAUAAGCCAGAACCAUUAGCCUUAAAAUGUAUUGGUGUAUAUUGAAGUGGUUGCCUUUUGUUUUACAAUAGAAAGAAAAAAAAAAUUCUUAUUUAAUGAAUCCUAGAGGAAUAGCUUGUGUUGUAAUAAGAAAUUAAAUCUUAAUUUUUGCACAAUUGUAUAUCUAAUGAAGCACAAUUGUUUGUAUCUGUAAUUUAAAAUGAAAAUUGUGUGCUGUCCUUCUUACUUUUUUCAUUUUUUUUAUGAUUUAUUACUUUUUUAAAACUAUUUAUGGUUCUUCAUAGAAUACAUAACUUGCUUUUCAAGUCACAUGUUUAUCUUCUUUUUUCAUAUCACAUAAUUGUUUAACUUUUUCUAUGUAGCAUUUAUGGAGAAGUAAUAAAAUCAAAUACAAUCAUGUUAAAUGGUAUAUGUCAAUCUAUAAAAUAUAGUUGUGUGCUUUAAAUUUGCUCAUAAGGUAUGUAAAAUUCAAAAUCAUUAUUUGAAAACCAUGAAUGUUUUUGGAUGUCAGAGUUUUUUUAAAAUAUAAAUUUGGUAGCAUGGAACAAUUUACAUCUAUUUUUGGUCUGUUUACCAAAGUUUAUAUGGAAGCAAUUAUUUUAUAUAUUGUGUGUUAUUUAUUAUUCAUGUUGAUGAAAAAAAUUGUUGCAGGCAUAUAAUAUGUGUAAUCACUGUUUCCAGACAUUAAACAUGUUGUGUGGUUUCAUAUUGUUGAAGAAACUUAUUACUUGUUGCAUUUAGAAAUGUGAUCAAAGUAUGUUUUGUCACAUGUGGUCCGUGUAUCAUGUUUAUAUUAAGAAUAAUCAAUGUCGAAAUUUAGGUACAUAGCAUUUUCAGUGUUUUCAAAACAUCAUGUGAAAUUGUUGUUGAGAUGUAAAACAGACUUUUGGUGCAUCAGUUUUGCCGGGAAUAAAAUAGUUUAAGCUGAUGUAUUUCUUCCAGCUAAGCCUUAUGAAAGAAUACUUUCUCUACUUUACUAUGAUGCAAUGCUCAUUAACAGUACAAAAACAAUUCUAUGCAACCUUUGUGUGUGGCUUUAAACUUCUUAAUUAAGAAAAAAAAAAAUGUAACUAUAGUAGCUAGUUUUAUACAGUUUCUUUGUAUCAUUUCAAUUAUUUUUUUAAAGGUUUGCCACUUCAAUAUACCAAUUUAUUAAAUUUUUCUUUGAAAAAAAAUAAAAGUUCCCAAAGUGUCCUUUUGAAAGAAAAAAAAUAGUGAAUUAGUUCUGAAAAUACUGAUAAUAUGCUGGGAGUCAUUUCCUACUAAACUCCUAUUUAUUUUUAGUAUCAUCAUUUGCUUUUUAUAUAAAAAGUUUAAGUGUAUAUAUAACUUUCUCCCCGUAUAAACAGAUUUUGUUUGUAGGAAAUUGCUCCGACUGCACAAUGCCCAUGUAAUAAUAUUUUGUUUUCAGAUUUACAUUUGUUUUAUUAUUGUUUAUUACCAAAAAAUUGUGCUAUGUGAUAAUUAAGUUGUGCAGGCAUAUUAACAGUAUUGGCAGAAGUAGUUCAUAUUUGUUUGGAUUUACUUUUCCUUCAGGCAGAAGUGAUAGGUUAAGAAAUCUCAAAGCAGCUAAAAGAUUUUAUUUGCUUGGUAAAUUACGAAACCACAAAGUUAAAAAAGUACAAUAAAAUAUCUCUGCUCUCUUA